UGACAAUCAUCAGAAAAUUCUGUGGUUUCUAUUAAUCAAUCGGAAUCAAUUUGAUAAUUUCGUGAUUUUUAAUUAUUUUAAUGCGAGUUGGCCGUUUUCGCUAUUAGUUGUAAAUACGCAAAGCUUUUACGAUGAGCAAUAAUCUAGGACAAUUUGGCGGGAACAAAAACCCAGCAUGGGGCCGAAACAACAACCCUCAAAACAUGGUGCCUCAAAAUAACCAAGGCCUGAAUGUGCCUCAAAUGAUGAACCAGAUGGGAAACAUGAAUAAUACUGCUGUAUUGCAAUUCCAACAGCAGCAUCCUCAAGUUUUCCAAAAUGCUCUGGGUAUCCAACAACAAAACUUAGGACUAGGUUUGCAACAAAUGACUAAUAAUGCUCUUGGGGCUUCACAAUUGGCAUCCAAUCAAAUUUUUCAGCAAGUUAGUUCUGUUUCGUACCCAAACCCAAGGGCAUUGAAUACUGCUGCAUUUCAAUCGCCGCAAAAUAUGCCACCCAUGUCUCAAAUGAGUGGUAAUAACACAAACACUAAGCAAAGAGUUUUUACUGGUACUGUAACAAAAGUACACGAUAACUUCGGAUUUGUUGACGAGGAGGUUUUUUUCCAAACAAACGCUUGUUCAAAAGGUUCAAAUCCUACUGUUGGAGAUAGAGUUUUGGUUGAAGCCUCAUAUAAUCCUUCUAUGCCUUUCAAAUGGAAUGCAACCCGCAUUCAAGUCAUACCAAAUACAGGUGGAAAUAGUAAUCAGCAGCCAUCUAAUCGUCAUUCUAGCAGUAGCUCAUCAUCAAAAAACUACAAUUCCUCUGGAUAUAAUGCAGUACCUCCUCCUGAACCAAAUGGUAAUUUUGGCAGUGGUAGGAGUAACAGUGGUAGACCUAAAGCUUCAGCUGGUGGAAGGGGAAGGGAGAGAUCUAGGGAUAGGGAUCGUGAUGAUGAAGAAAUAGAAAGAAAAAGGAGGCGAGAGGAAAGACAGAGGGAGCGAGAAAAGGAAGAGAAAAAGUCACCAGUUAGGCGAAGGUCUCGUUCACCAAAAGUGAGGAGGAGACCGAGAAUUGUACCCAGAUACAUGGUGCAAAUUCCAAAAAUUGCUUUGAACUUGUUCAACGCUGAUGUCUUAGAAGUUCGAAGAAGAUAUGCGAACAUGUAUAUACCGUCCGACUUUUUCCACAGUAAUUUUGAAUGGACUAAAGCGUUUCCUUCGAACAAACCUUUCUCUCUCAGCAAACCAUGUUCUUAUCACAUUAUGAGUAAGGAGGUUGAAUCAGUAGUGGAAAAUGAUGCUAUAUUAGAACCUCCCGAUGCAGACUAUCUCUUUUCAGCCAAGGUUAUGUUGAUAAAUGUGCCUGGCUUGGAUGAACUAUAUCAUAAAUGUUGUGCAAUGGCUGAAGAUGAAGAAAAAAAGGACAGGGAUGCAGAAGAAAAAGAUUACAUACAUCCAUCACGCCUCAUUAGUUUUCUUGUGGGACUUAGAGGUAAAAAUGAAACAAUGGCGAUUGGGGGGCCUUGGAGUCCGUCUCUAGACGGACCUAAUCCUGAAAAGGAUCCUUCAGUACUAAUCCGCACAGCCAUCCGUACUUGUAAAGCUCUAACAGGGAUCGAUUUGUCAAACUGUACACAAUGGUACCGAUUCGUGGAGCUGUAUUACCAUCGCAGUGAGUCUGUGCACAAGGGGAAAACCAUACCGGCGAGGGUCGAGACCGUGGUCAUCUAUCUUCCGGAUGUUUGGAGCUGCGUACCAACUCGACUAGAGUGGGACAACCUUGUGCAGUCCUACCAAAAGCUGCUAGAACGAGAGCUGAAGGCUGACCAGGAGCUAACGGACGAGGCCCAACCCGAUGAAAAGGAAGAAGAUCAAACUUUGGAUAAGGCAGAUCCCACCCAUUACUCCCAGUUGGACUUGAAGACGAUGUCUGUCGGCGAUUUGAAAAAGGAACUCAACGCUCGUAGCGCCAGCACCAAAGGACUGAAAUCGCAACUUGUUGCCAGGCUGGGAAAAUUACUGAAAUCAGAAGCUGAAAACGACAAGGACAACGACAACGACGAAACGAAAGAAAAUGUGGUUGAUUCCGAACCGGAAACUGUCCAAGAGGAGAAAAAACCGGAGGUGGAAGAAAAGAAGUUGGACGAAAAGGAGAAAGCUCUUCUUCAGAAGCGUUACACUUUACCCGACCAGCAACAAAUCAUUGUCCAUCCCUCCAAAACUGCCAAAUCCGGAAAGUUCGAUUGUACUGUGAUGUCCUUAUCCCUCCUGUUAGAUUACAGACCGGAGGAUACCAAGGAGCACUUUUUCGAGGUGUCCAUUUUCGCUGAAUUAUUCAAUGAAAUGCUAAUGCGCGAUUUUGGUUUCAACAUUUACAAAGCACUUUCUCAACUGCCAGAAAAACCAAAAGAGAAAGAAGAACCGAAGAAACGUGAUAAGGACGAACGUAAAACAGAUGAUAAAAAAAAACAUGACGAUAAGAAGAAGGAGGAGGAAAAGAAAAAAGAUGGGGAGAAAAAAGAAGAUGACGACAAGCAGAAAGAGGAGGAAAAAGAUAAAAAGGGCGAUGACAACAAGGAUAAGGAGAAAAAGAAGUCUGAAGCUAAGAGAAGUGAAAGAAGGUCAUGUGAGAGUGAUGAAGAUGAAGAUGGUGACGACGAUGAUGAUAAAGAUAAGAAGAAAGAUAAAGAUAAGAAAAAGAGUCGUGUUAAAUUGUAUACCAAACACAAGCAUCUUUUAUUAUCUUUUGUUUACUUUGACCAAACUCAUUGUGGUUACAUAUUCGACAAAGAUAUUGAAGACCUCCUGUACAAUUUGGGGCUGAGUUUAUCCAGGGCACAAGUCAGAAAACUGGUGGGGAAAGUAAUAACUAGAGAUAGUUUACAUUAUAGAAAAUUGACUGAUAAACCAAAGGAUGAAGAGUCGCCAAUAAAAGAGGAGUUAGAAGACAACAUUGUUAAAGAACUGGCUGUUGGAAAUAAUAAACUUCUCCCAUUAUUCAUAAAUGAAAAAGAAAAUGACGGGAAAAUGGAAACAGAGUCAACAGAAGAAGCAAAAAGCACUGAGGGUAUGGUAAUGUUUCAAGGAGCCCUCGUUGAUGUUGGUAAAUUGAUGUCGCAACUGGAAAGGAGCGAUAAGGCUCGAAUUGAAGCAGAUUCUCGUGUAACGAGUCUCAAAAGUGAAAAUAACAAACUGAUUGAAAAAUACGACAAAGCGAACCAGCAAAUAAAACGCGUCAAUUCUGAACUGAAAGAGUAUAAGGAGAAAUUCAGAAACAGCGAAGAUACACUGUCCAAAACUUUGGCCUACUCCAAGUUGUUCCAAACAACAUUGACUGAAAUAAGAGACAAGAUUGACCCCGUCCUCAGAAGCACCUCAAUCAACAAGGAGGAAAACAUGAAAAAGGAGAAAGAGAGUGAAAAAGACAAGAAAGAUAAGGACGAUGGUAAAUCUCGAUGGGAAAAAGAUGUGAAGUCUGAGAUGGAAGUUGAUGAGUCUACUGAUGAAAAAAAUCAUUCUAAAUAAAUAGGUUAAAUAGUUUUAAUUGAAUUUAAUUGAGUUAUUAUUGUAAUAUAUGCUACAAUGUA